AUGACACAAGCGCCAAUGUCAUUUACCCGAUGUACCUAGCGCGCAUACAGUAAUCUCUUCAGUAAAAUAUACAAUGGACAAAAAUGUCAGCUAAGUCGCUCAGAAAGUAACUUCGCUAACUACAAUAUUUGGUAACGUUAGCUACAAAGAGUUUGCACUUGCUGACUUAGCAUGGAACACUUCAGGACUUUAAGAUCCUUGUUUAAAGUUCCCGUUCCCCAACACUGGAGACCGAGCAAGCGUGUCCAACACAGACAUUGUUCUAAAUUAGCUAACACCAGUGUUACUUCAAGAGAGAGGAAUGUAACUGUGGACAAGUUCAAGAGUCAGAUCUCCUCUGGUCCAAGUUUUCAGGAUUUCAUCAAAGAGGUUUCAGUUAAUAAGACCUAUGCUGCAGAUGGAGAGCAUUCUGACAAACACAGUUAUCUUUCUGAGGACUUGGACAUGGGUAACUCACGGAAAGUGUAUUUCGAAACCUACGGGUGUCAAAUGAAUGUGAACGACACAGAGAUAGCCUGGUCCAUACUACAGAGGAAGGGGUAUCAGCGCACGGCUGACUUAAGUGAGGCAGAUGUUGUCCUUCUGGUAACAUGCUCCAUAAGAGAAAAGGCUGAACAAACCAUUUGGAAUAGACUACAACAACUAACGGCCCUGAAGAAGAGACGAUUAAAGACCCACGCACCGAUGAAGAUUGGGAUUUUGGGGUGCAUGGCAGAGAGGCUAAAGACAGAACUUUUGGGGGAGAAGCUGGUAGAUGUUCUUGCUGGUCCGGACGCCUACCGGGACCUUCCCCGCCUCCUGACGGUCGCUGACGGAGGUCAUCAGGCAAGCAACGUGCUGCUGUCGUUAGAGGAGACCUAUGCCGACAUCAUGCCUGUCCACCUUGCUCCUCAGGGAUACAGUGCUUUUGUUUCCAUCAUGCGAGGCUGCGACAACAUGUGUAGUUACUGCAUUGUUCCCUUCACCCGAGGGAGAGAGAGGAGCCGACCUGUUAGCUCCAUUCUCGAGGAAGUUCGGAUGCUUUCUGACCAGGGUGUGAAGGAGGUGACCUUGCUGGGUCAGAACGUGAACAGCUACAGAGAUACAUCAGAAGAACAGUUCUGUGGCUCGGACCUGACCAAGCUCAGCAGGGGGUUUAAGACCAUCUACAGAACUAAACAGGGAGGUCUGCGCUUCUCCGACCUGCUAGACCGAGUGUCACGCAUCGAUCCUGACAUGAGGAUCAGAUUCACGUCCCCUCAUCCCAAGGAUUUCCCUGAUGAGGUUUUGCAUCUGAUUGCGGAGCGAGGGAACAUUUGUAAGCAGAUCCACCUUCCAGCCCAGAGUGGGAGCAGCAAGGUCCUAAAAGCAAUGCGCCGUGGCUACACAAGAGAAACCUACCUCGAUCUUGUGAAGAACAUCAAGAGAAUAAUCCCAGAGGUGAGUCUCAGCAGUGACUUCAUCUCAGGCUUCUGUGGCGAAACAGAGGACGACCACCAUCAGACUCUGUCUCUGAUCAGAAACGUGGGCUACAAUGUGGGAUUCCUGUUUGCCUACAGCAUGAGAAAGAAAACCUAUGCCUCCCAUCGGCUACAAGAUGACGUGCCAGCAGAGGUGAAGCAGCAGAGGCUGGAGGAGUGUAUCAGCGUAUUCAGAGAGGAAGCUGCGAGGGUCAACGCUGCACUUAUUGGCAGCACACAGCUUGUCCUGGUGGAGGGAGAAAGUAAAAGAUCUGUCAGGGACCUGUGUGGGAGAACUGAUGGCAAUGUGAAAGUUGUUUUCCCCAAAGAGGAUGUUGCUGUUCAGCCUGCAGAAUCCAACACUGCACAGGUCAAUGCUGGAGACUAUGUGCUGGUGAAGAUAUUGUCAGCCAACUCCCAGAGCCUGAGAGGACGGGCCCUCAGUCACAGCUCCCUGAGAAGCACGGUGAAGCACUCUGAGACUCUGCCCCUGCACCAGCUUGAUGAGGGGAAAACUAGCACCCUGCCUCCUUCUCUUGAAUGACUUUGAAGACACAUGAGUGGGUUUUGGUGGAAAUUCUGAUCAUAUUACAGUCACGUUGGACUGCUGAGAUGAACUAUGAGAACUGCAAUGUGUUAUUUAUACAGCAAGCAUGUGUGUGUACAUAUUGAACUGCUGAAUACACUGAAACCUGUUCAGAUGAUGUGAAUAAUUCCGUUUGUAAUAAACUGUGACUGAUUUGUUUUGUCUGAA